AUGAGUGUUUACACAGCCUCCACCACCGCUCCAGUUAACAUUGCCACCUUGAAGUACUGGGGUAAGAGAGACAAAUCUUUGAAUCUUCCAACCAAUUCGUCCAUCUCCGUUACCUUGUCCCAGGAUGACUUGAGAACCCUCACCUCUGUCGCCACCUCCUCCAGCUUCACCGAGGACCAGUUAUGGUUGAACGGAACGCCAGAGUCCCUCACCUCCGAGCGUACAGUUGCCUGCUUGAAGGACCUCCGUGCGUUGAGAACCGCUGUUGAGGCCAGGGACACGUCCCUUCCAAAGUUCUCCGAGUGGAAGUUGCACAUUGUUUCCGAAAACAACUUUCCAACCGCUGCGGGUCUCGCUUCCUCUGCUGCUGGCUUCUCGGCGUUGGUCAAGGCCAUUGCCAAGUUGUACGAGUUGCCUGAAUCCAUGUCCGAGAUCUCGAAGAUUGCCAGGAAGGGCUCUGGUUCUGCCUGUCGCUCACUCUUUGGUGGCUACGUUGCGUGGGAGAUGGGUUCAGAAGUUGACGGCUCCGACUCCAAAGCUGUCGAGGUCGCUCCGUUGGAGCACUGGCCAUCCAUGAAGGCCGCCAUCUUGGUUGUCAGUGCCGACAAGAAGGACACGCCAUCCACCUCCGGGAUGCAGACCACCGUUGCCACCUCCGACUUGUUCCAGCACAGAAUCAAGAACGUGGUUCCUACCAGAUUCAUCGAAAUGAAGGAGACCAUUCUCAACAAGGACUUUGCCAAGUUUGCCGAGUUGACCAUGAAGGAUUCCAACAGUUUCCACGCCGUCUGCUUGGACUCCUACCCACCCAUCAAAUACCUCAACGACACUUCCAUGAAGGUCAUCAAGCUCAUCCACACUUUGAACGCCGCUGCUGGUGAAACCAUCGCUGCCUACACCUUUGAUGCCGGUCCAAACGCCGUCAUCUACUACUUGGAAGAGAACGAGGCUGUUGUCUUGGGGCUUUUGCACGAGUUAUUUGGCGGGGUUGCGGGCUGGGAAAAGGUCGACAAGGAGCAGCUCACUUUGUUAAAGGCGUUCCCUAAGGAGCAUUUGGACUACGAUAUCACCAAGGGUGUCGCUAAGAUCAUCUUGACCAGAGUCGGGCCAGGUCCUCAAGACACCGAGCAAUGCUUGAUUAACAAAGAGACUGGUCUCCCGAACUAA